CUCCAUGAUAACUCCAAGAUGUUGGACACUCGCUAUAGUUUGACAAUAAUGAUGCAGGUGUACACUCGUGCGACAGCCGCCCAGGCCCAGUUGCUUGGUUGGCAAUACCCUAGCGCUACCUCGUAUUCUUUUGGGCCUUAUCUUUGGGCAAUGUCCGAGAACCUCCACUUCAGGUUUUAAACGUUUUAUUUGAAGUGGUGGUGAUGACAGUAGUGAUGUGCGAUGUUGGUGGUGGUUGCUGCUGGUGGUGGUUGUUGGUGGCGGCGAUGGUGAAGACGAUGGUUGUGGUGAAUGGUGAUGGUGGUUGGUGAUUGUAGUUGAAACUUACUUCAGGUUCGGAGUGGUCGUGGUGAUGGUAUACAGUCUUAUAUUAACCUUUUAAAAAUAUUCUAGAACACAGAACAGAGAGGGUCAAACGAUACGGAGUUUGAGCUCAAGUUCUCAAAUUACAGUAAAUCAGUGGCAUUAUGUGGCAGCUACCUAUGACUAUGAAAAUAGCAGACAAUCUAUUUAUCGCAAUGGAGUGGUAAGGGUUUUCUGCUUUCUCUGACUUACUGGAUCUCCCUGGAAGAACCGUUUAGAACUGAUGGGGCUAUCCACCAUAAAUAAAGUUAGUUUAGUUUAGGUUUCCUCCUGUAGUAACACUGGAUCAAUAAGAUAAGGAUCCUUACUGAACCUCUAGGGAGAACAGUUUAGAACUGAUAGAGCUAUCCAGUAUAAAUAAAACUAGUUUAGUUUAGGUUUAGUAACACUGGAUCAAUAAGAGAUGAUCCUCACUUGGAAAUCCAGUUUCUGAAAAGCUCUAUUUCUUACGUAUUUUUAAGCGUAAAAAUCGUGCAAGCUUUUCACCAGCUCGAGAACUUGGAACACAAAGCAAUCGUGCUUUGACAAUCGGUGCACUGCUCAAUAGUGACCAACACGUGUAUAAUGGUCGUGUCGCUUGCCUGAAGAUUUACAAUACAGCCUUUACAGAUGAUGAAGUGCAAGCUUUUAGUAAAAACUGGGAAUGCCCACACGAACCUGGUAAGAUUGGGGUGGUGGUUAUGGUCUCUGUUGGUGGUGGUGAUCGUUAUAAUGAUGGUGGUGAUGAUGACGAUUGAUGAUGACUGAUAAUGAUGAUGGUGAUUGUGGUGAUGAUUGUGGUGUUGAUAAUGACGACGAUGAUGGUGGAUUGUUAUGAUAAUGAUGGUUGAUGAUGAUGGUUGAUGAUGGUGAUUGUGGUGGUGAUAAUGACGACGAUGAUGGUGGAUUGUGAUGAUAAUGAGAUGGUUGAUGAUGGUGGUGAUUAUGGUAGUUGUGGCGAUGAUAGUGGUCAUAGUGAUGACUCUGGUGAUAGUGAUGAUGGUACUAGUGAUGGUGUCAUAAUGGUAGCUGUAAUUAGAGCAUACUUGAUAUACUUUCAAUAUAUUUCCUGCCUUCAGCUCCAAUCUGUCAUCGUGUCAACUACAUAAAGAUCAGAGGCCAGGAAUGCUACAACUGUAAUGUCUGGGCAACACAAACCAACACAGAAAUAUUCUCAAUCAACGCUUAUCUUGGCGAUCAAAAAUGUAACUUCAAGUCUGGUUCCACCAUUCCUGAUGAGAACAUUUUUGGUGUCUACAAAGCUGUUGAUAGUACAACUCACGCAUGCGCGAGCUCUGAUGAUGCAACAACCCAGUAUUGGUUUGGAGGGAGGCUGUAG